AUGUCAAAGGCUAGUAUUUUUCUAGCGCUGGUGAUAUGCGCCACCAUGUCAAUGAACAAGUUAACGUACGCCGGUGUUGAGUCGGAAAUUCAAGCGUUGCUGGCGUUUAAAAAGAAUCUUGAUGAUCCACGUGGAGUGAUGGACGGAUGGAAUGUAUCCACUUCUAGAGCGCCGUGCGACUGGCGCGGCAUUUUCUGUUACGCCGGCAGCGUGCGUGAGCUACGUCUGCCCAGGCUACAGCUGAGCGGCCGGCUGAGCGAUCAUCUUGCUAAGUUGAGCAUGCUGCGAAGAUUAAGCCUGCACUCCAACAACCUCAACGGCUCCAUUCCACGCGCUCUCUCUGAAUGCUCCCUGCUACGCGCCAUCUAUUUGCAGGAUAAUUCACUCUCUGGUGAACUCUCGCCGGCGUUUUUUACGAACCUUAACAACCUCCAGGUUCUAAACGUUGCCCAUAACUUCCUCUCCGGCGAAAUAUCCGGCAACCUCCCGGCGAACCUCCGGAUAUUGGACCUCUCUUUCAACUCCUUUUCUGGUGACAUUCCGGCGAACUUGUCGGCAACACAUCAACUCCAACUCAUUAACCUUUCGUUUAACCGUUUCUCUGGCGAGAUUCCAGCGUCCAUCGGAGCAUUACAGCAGUUACAGUACCUGUGGAUCGACUCGAACGAACUCUACAGUACAAUUCCGUCGGCAAUUUCAAACUGUUCUUCACUAAUUCACGUCAGCGCUGGAUAUAACAGGCUCUCCGGCGUGGUUCCGUCGACAAUGAGUUCACUCAGAAGUCUUCAAGUUAUCUCAUUGCCGCAUAAUCUGCUCUCCGGUGUGGUCCCCUUGUCGCUUCUCUGCAACGUUUCAGCAUUAAAUGCUCAUACGAUCAAGAUUCUUGACUUGAGUUUUAAUCGGUUCACGGGGAUAGCCAAACCAGAAAGCAAUGAUGAUGCAACGUGUUCGAGUGUGCUGGAAGAAUUAAACCUUCACGAGAAUCAGAUAAAUGGUGUGUUUCCAGAUUUUUUAAACAAUUUUUCUACAUUAAGAGUUUUGGAUAUUUCUGGGAAUUUAAUUUCUGGUUAUUUGCCUGAUAAUCUUGGGAAUUUGCUGAAUUUAGAGGAAUUUAUAGUGGCGAAUAAUUCAAUAACUGGUGAAAUUCCAGUAAGUGUGAAGAAAUGCAAGUUUUUAAGAGUGUUUAAUCUGGGAGGUAAUUGGGUUUCUGGUUUGGUUCCAAAUUUUUUAGGGGAUAUGGCGAACUUAAAAAUGCUGUUUCUUGGUGGGAAUUCAUUUACUGGUUCGAUUCCGGCGGGUUUAGGCCGGGCUUACGGGCUGGAAUUGUUGGAUAUGAGUGAUAACAAGUUGACCGGCAGUGUGCCAGUGGAAUUGAUGAGGCUUAGAAAUUUGAGUGCAUUGAAUUUGAGUAAUAAUAGAUUUUCAGAUGAAGUUCUGAUGAAUAUCGGGGAAUUAAUUGGUUUAGAGGUUCUGAAUAUGAGUGGUUGUGGGUUUUCAGGAGUGAUUCCAGCGAGCAUGGGGAAUUUGUUGAGACUCACAACUCUUGAUUUGAGUAAACAGAACUUGUCUGGAGAGUUGCCUAUUGAGCUCUUCGGGUUGCCAAAUUUACAAGUUGUGGCUUUGGAGGAGAAUACACUAUCUGGGGCAGUUCCUCAAGGUUUUAGCAGCUUGUCAAGUUUACUCUAUCUGAAUCUUUCAUCAAAUUAUUUCUCCGGUGAGAUACCGGUUACUUAUGGAUUUCUCAAAUCAUUAACUGUUCUUUCUUUGUCUCAUAACCGUUUAACUGGUAUAAUUCCAGUGGAGUUGAGUAAUUGUUCUGGUCUUGAAGUUCUAGAGCUAAGGGAAAAUGACUUAGCAGGUGAAAUUCCAGUUGGUUUUUCACAUUUAUCUCAUUUACAGAGGCUUGAUCUUGGUCAGAACAAUUUAACGAGUGAAAUUUCAGACAGUAUUGCCAACUGUACAUCCUUGGUAUUUCUGUUGUUGGAUUCGAACCAUAUCUCAGGCCACAUUCCAGACUCAUUGUCGAAGUUGUCAAACUUAACAACUCUAGACCUCUCUUGGAAUAAUCUAACUGGAGUUAUUCCAGCAAAUCUUUCGCUUAUGUCCAGCUUGCAGGACUUAAAUAUAUCCCACAAUCAUCUUGAGGGAGAGAUUCCAGCAGCGUUGGGUUCACGGUUUGGCGAUGCUUCAGUGUAUGCUAUGAAUGCUAAUUUAUGCGGGAAGCCGCUGAACAAAGGUUGCAAGAAUGAGCAGAGGCGAAAGAGGAAGAGAUUGAUUCUUUAUAUAGUUGUGGCUUUAGCAGGGAGUUUAAUUUUGUUAUUGUGUUGUUGUGGGUAUAUAUACGGUCUUAUAAGGUGGCGCAAGAAACUAAAAACGGGAGCAGAUGGGGAGAAGAAGCGAAGCCCUAGUCCGGGUGCACAAGGGGCACGUGGAAGUGGAGAAAAUGGUGUGCCAAAGCUUGUAAUGUUCAAUAACAAGAUCACAUAUGCAGAGACUGUAGAAGCAACGAGGCAAUUUGAUGAGGAAAAUGUGCUGAACAGAGGGAAGUAUGGUUUGUUAUUCAAAGCCACUUAUGCUGAUGGAAUGGUGCUUGCUAUUCGUCGUCUUCCCAACACAUCUAUUGAAGAAAACAUCUUUCGGAAAGAAGCUGAAUCUCUUGGCAAAGUUAAACAUCGCAAUUUGACAGUUCUUCGUGGUUAUUAUGCAGGACCACCACCUGAUAUGAGACUUCUUAUCUAUGACUACAUGCCUAAUGGAAACUUGGCCACCCUCCUUCAAGAGGCUUCACAUCAAGAAGGGCAUGUACUGAACUGGCCAAUGCGCCAUCUGAUUGUGCUUGGCAUAGCUCGUGGUCUAGCAUUCCUCCAUUCAACCUCGAUAACACAUGGGGACGUAAAGCCACAAAAUGUGCUCUUUGAUGCUGAUUUUGAAGCCCAUCUUUCGGAUUUUGGGUUCGAUAAACUAACCAUAGCAAUGCCUGCUGAAGCUUCAACAUCUGCCACUCCAGUCGGAACACUUGGCUACGUGGCCCCGGAAGCCUUAUUAACUGGACAACCCGCUAAAGAAGCUGAUGUGUACAGUUUCGGGAUUGUGGUGUUAGAGACAUUAACUGGAAAGAAACCCGUGAUGUUCACAGAAGACGAGGACAUUGUCAAAUGGGUUAAGAGACAACUACAAAGAGGCCAAGUUUCUGAAUUGCUCGAGCCGGGCUUGGUCGAGCUCGACCCCGAGUCUUCUGAGUGGGAAGAAUUCUUACUGGGAGUAAAAGUUGGAUUGCUAUGCACAAUGCCGGACCCUCUUGAGAGACCUUCCAUGAAUGAUAUUGUUUUCAUGCUUGAAGGCUGCCGAUUAGGCCCUGAUAUUCCUUCAUCAGCCGAUCCCACAACACUUGCUUCACCGACUUGA